AUGGAUGCACCCAGCAAUAUCAAUGAUGAGAUCUCUUCGCUAUCGAGGCAAAUCGAGCAGGAAGAGGGCGCGAUCGAGGCGGUGGAGCGUCUAGCACAGAACGCAUCACCCAAGAACUGGUCUACUUCACGAAACAAAGUACGCCACCUCGAGAAAAAGCUGAAGAAUCUCCAACUGAUACGCGAUGCACCAGACUGGGUUGUAGUCUUUGCGCAGGAGCAGAACGAUCACGAUGAAAAUUGGAAACAUUGA